UGUUGGACUGUGGCCAUGAGAGGAGUGUUGUGCCGCCGCCUGUGAUUUACAGUGAUUCGCUCCACUUCGCAGAGUUUUUUUAGAUGCUCGAAUCAUGUUUAUUGGAUUCGACCACCUGCGAGUGGUGUUGCUAUGUACGAUCCUAGCCAACGUCUGCGGGCGGGAGGCGGAUAAUGCUCAAACGAAAGGUGGACGUAGGGACGCAGCGCGAGAGUUCAGCAGCCACACCAUAACCAAGCCACACCUCAGCCACACCAGAAGCAAGCGCCACGUCUCUACCACCGCUCGGGAGGAUGGUCACAUUCAUGACGUCACUCUAGGGAUCAACAUGGGAGAUGAAGAUGUAUUAGUAGAUUUACAGUUAAACAGAGAUUUGUUACCGAAAGAUUAUUUUGAAAAGUAUUAUCACAAUGGUUCGCAAUAUGUGCACCGCCCAGAUUCAGAGAUGGCUGGUAUGUGUCAUUAUCAGGGAGCAAUUCGCGGUCGUCCAGGGUCAUGGGCAGCGCUCUCCACCUGCCAUGGUAUCAGUGGUGUUGUGUUUGAUGGCCAAGAAAUGCACUAUGUGGAACGGGUACCAGACACUCCCGUGGCCGUAGACAGUCCACAUUAUGUCUUCAAGCACUCCAAUAUCAUCCCGCAGAACUUUUCCUGCGGUUACUCAGGGAAACCUCACCCAGUUCGGGACCUGUUUCAUGACGAGACCUUCACCAGAUUGCUCAGAUAUAAGCGCAGUAGCAGCAGUAGUAGCAGCAGCAGUAGUAGCAGCAGCGACAGCAGCAGCAGUAGUAACAACAACAAUAUACGGGGUCCAUUCAAUGCAAAUCCAUUAUCAAGAUACGUGGAGUUGGUUCUGGUUGCAGAUAAAACGGAAUAUGAAAAACACGGCCAUGAAGUGGCAAAACUUUAUCAUCGAUGCAAAGACAUUGCCAACAUAGUAAAUGCUUUAUAUCACCCACUCAACAUUUUUAUUGCACUUGUUGGGGUUGAGGUGUGGAAAGAUGAAGACCAAGUAGAAAUAUCAACAGAUGGAGACAAAACACUAACCAACUUUCUUAAUUAUAGAAAAGUGAGACUUAUUAGAGAUCAUCCAAAUGACAAUGCCCAGUUGCUCACAGGAAAGCAGUUUGAUGCUGGUGUAGUUGGCAAGGCCUUAAAAGGCCCAAUAUGUACCUAUCAGUAUUCUGGAGGUGUGAAUAUGGAUCACAGUGACACAGUGGGUUUGGUAGCCACCACAGUAGCUCAUGAAAUGGGACACAAUUUUGGCAUGGAACAUGAUAAUGAAGAAGAGUGUGAAUGCCCUGAUAAAAGAUGUAUCAUGGCCCCUUCUUCUGGGUCAAAGAGUCCAACGCACUGGAGUUCUUGCAGCUAUGAGUAUCUUGCCCUAUCUUUUGAACGUUCAAUGGAUUACUGCCUUCGUAACAAACCAACGAGUCUGUUUGACUCGCCUGUCUGUGGUAAUGGGUUUGUAGAGCCUGGGGAACAAUGUGACUGUGGCCUCCCAGACUACUGCACUAAUUCCUGCUGCAAUGCCUCAACUUGUAUGCUGUACCCCAAUGCCACUUGUGCAACAGGACACUGCUGUGAUCUACAGACUUGCCGACCAAGGUUAGCUGGUGUACAAUGCCGUCCAUCCGUCCAUGAGUGUGAUCUUCCAGAGUUCUGUACAGGCGACUCCGAGUACUGCCCAGAUAAUGUGUUUAAGGCAGAUGGUCAUGAGUGCUUAGCAGGACAGGCCUUCUGUCAUUCGGGGAUGUGUCGCACACAUGGUGAACAGUGUAAACUUCUCUGGGGUCCCACUGGUCAGAGCUCUGAUGAUCGUUGUUACAUGAUGAACACUCAGGGCAGCCAUAAUGGAAAUUGUGGCUACAAUUGGGUUAAUGAUACCUAUUACAAAUGCAGCAAUGAUGAUGUGAAAUGUGGAAUGUUGCACUGUAUGCACCUGAAUGAGCGGCUGGAAUUCGGAAUGGAAAGUGUGAGCAAGGUGUCUCACAGUUUCCUCAAGAGUAAAAAAGGUGUCAUCCCAUGCCGAGUAGCCCUGGUAGAUAUGGGGCUGGAUAUGGUGGAUCCUGGCCUAGCACCUGAUGGAGCCAAGUGUGGUCGAGGCAAGAUGUGCGUGAAUCAACGGUGUAUGCCAGUGGCCAACUUGAAGAUAUCCGCCUGUAACUGUCAUGGCAAUGGUGUGUGCAACAACAAUGGCCACUGUCACUGUGCAGUAGGGUUUGCACCACCAGACUGCCUCUAUCCUGGUUUGGGAGGCUCAGAAGACAGUGGGCCUGCAUCAAACCCACAUGCAACCAACACAUUCAUAGUUGGAAUGUUUGUGUUCUUCCUAGGGAUUGUGCCUGCAGUGUUGGUGGUGUUGUGUCUGGUGUAUUAUGCACGUGGCAACCUUAAACUCUGGUGGAAGACAAAAGGCAGACCUGCUACUUCCAAGUUGCCACAUGUGGACCCGGGGAAACGAACGAUUCGUCCUCCAGGCUUGCUGUGCGUGGAAGUUGGAGGAGUGGGCAGGCUAGUAGACAACACGAGAGGGGCAGUAACCACUCCCCGCUCCCCAACACCACCAUCAUCGCAGGGAUCCAAGAGCAAUAGCCCACUACUAAAUGGGCAUGCAAAUUCCAUCACAGCUGGAGGCUUGGCAAACAAACCACUCACAUUUUCUGGUAGUUUCUUUGGAAAAAGUGAAGGCUUUACAAAACCAGUAUCUUCUUUAAAAGAGAAAUCACCACCAAGUUCAAAGAAUAGUGGAGGAUUGGUACCACCUAUUCCACCACCACCUGUUACUGCCAUACCUGCAUCUGCUAGUGUGCCGUCUAUCACUACAGGCGUAAUUAUCACAAGUGCUUCCAAUGGACUUCCAAACAGUCCUUUAGUAACUGGGUGGCAAAAUAAAACUACCAGUCAACCAGGUCAGAUAGGAGUGGCAAGUAUUGCAGCAAGUGAGGGGGCUGGAAUUAAAAUGAGUAUCAGUGGCCCUAGUUUACAGGGCUCUACUAAUCCAGCAAUUGCAUCCCAUAUACCGAAGUCUGUAUUACCAAAUAGGGUGGCUCCACCACCACCACCAGGAGUAACUGCAACAGGAAACCCACAAAAAGCGACUACAUGCUUACCCCCUGUUGCUAUUAUUACACCAUAUCGCAAGGUUCCUAGUCUGGUAACCAGGCCACUAUCGGUACCAGAUGCAUCCAUACUUAUUUCACAGACAUGUAAGCCGGUAGAAAAUCAGGACGAAAAUUGUGAAAUAAAGCGGCAAGAAGGAGAUAAGCAGUCAGCAGUUGCUAGAAUUGCUUCUUUUCUUACUAAAAAGGAUAAACAGGGAGUGGAAAUUAAUGAGACAGAUUUUGAAGCAGGACGUUCAAAUACUCUGCCAAGAAAAGCAGCCAAGAUCAAACGUGAAAGUCUUGUGCAGUUAGAAAUCUCUGCUCCAAUGCAACUUCAUGCCACAGAACUUCCUGCAAAUUUAGUUCCUGUUAGAUCAGCUCCUGACCCUCCAAUGCCCAGUAAUAUAAAACCAAGCCAGGUAAAGGCAGCUCAAGAAGAAAGUAGCAAACCCAACAAAGUAUCUUGGGCUCCAUCCGUCCCAGAAGACAAAAUCAAGACUCCUAAUACAGAUGCAAGAUCAAACAUUAGGGUAAUGUGGAUACCACCAGUUGCAGAGAAAAAUGACACUAACAAAGAGCUUCAAAGAAUAGGCAGCAUGCGUGAAACUCCAGUGACAAUUCGUCCAGCCAUUCCAAAGUUUGGUUCCAUGCGUGCACCCAGACCCAAAAGCUUACCUCCAACGAGGCCCUCGGAACCACCCCCUAGACCUCCCCUUCCUACAAUCCCAGGAACACCAGAGUCAGAGUGUUUCUAUGAUGACUGUCUAAAUAUCCAAGAAGGAAGUGCUCCAAUAGCUGACAUUGAUGAAGACACUUCUCCAUCAGAAAACAUUUAUGCAACUAUUGAUGACAGAACUCCAGAUAAAGAAAUUCCUUUGCAAGAAGUUACAUAUGCACCUCCAGACACAGUUGAUGGGAGGAAAGAGAAGAAAUCUAUAUUCUCCUUUCUGUAUAACAAACCAAAGAAGAAAGCAAAUGAUAAAAACUCACCAGAUGAGAAGACAGCAUCAGAGCCUCUCUACACAAAUCUUGUAGAGUCACCACCUGAUCUUGAAGUGGAUGUAGUGAGUAUUGAAUCUCCACAAGCUAGUGACACAUCACUAUCAGUUAGUCCUCCUUCAUCUGCUUUACUAGAUAGCCAUAGAACAAGUUGUGGUAGUUCAGAAGAUGGUGGAUUAUUGUCAGAAAUAGUUACAGAAUUAUCAACUAGAGAUGCUGAAUUUGUUAGUACAUUAGCUAAGAAGAGAAAUAAAAAUAAAGGUGGAGACCAAGGACCCAAGACUAGCAAAUCCACUAAAGUAGGGUCUCCUACUAGUCAAGAUAGUAAGGUUAAUGCAUCACCAAACACUGAAGCAACAUUACAGCCAAAGACAAGUAAUACAAGUACAGGCUCUAACAAGACAAAUAAUAGUACUAUGAGUAAGAGCUCAUCAUACCCAUGGAGAUCGAAUAAAGUACCUGAUGUGGUGAGAAAAUCUAGUGCUUCUGCUGUAACAUCUCCAAAAGAUGAUGGCUUAAUUUCGAAUAAAUUGCCUAAAGCUAGCACAACAGAUCCAAGUAGUAAUAGUGCAUCAUUUAAACCUGUACCAAGAGGAGUAUUUUCUUAUUUAAAUGCAGGAAAUGCAAAGACUGCAACCACUAUGCCAUCCACAACUUCUCUUACCUCAACAGUAACGCCUGGUACUUUUAAAUCAUCUUCAAGCUUCCUUAAUUCAAAGAUAAGUCAAAAUGUAGUUACAUCAACUCCUACUGUCACCACAACCACACCAAGUACCACCAAUAGCACCAAUACACCAUCAAUGAAUUUAGCUGCAUCAUUGGCAGCUGUUAGGGCAGCAGGGGCAGCAGCAGGGGAGGCAGCAGCAGCAGCAACAUUAGCAGCUGGCAGUAACAAGUCAGUGAAAACUACUAAUAAUAGUAACAGUAAUACAGCUGAACCCAUAAAAUCAAGUUUCAAGGAAAGAGGUGUACCAGCACAAUCUAUUAGCAUUUCAAAAGUAUCUGUAACUAUCCCUACUUCUACAGUCACCACCUCGGCAAGCAUCUCAGCUUCAGUGCCAGCUACUACAACAACUGCUGCAAGAACAGCAACUGUACAUAAAAUAACACCUUCAGCAGUUACAACUAACAUAUCAUCAGUACCACAGCCUAGUAGACCAGUGUUUCCUCCAGACAAAGUGUUAUUCCCACCAGAUAAGGUCAUUACACACUCAAAUAUCACCGAAAAAACAAGCAAAAUGGAAGAGCCUGUUUCAACAGAAACAUCAAGCAACAGUUCAAAUUCUAAGGAGUCUAUUGUAACGUCUUCUGGUGGAAAUAAUGUUGCACGUGGUAGAGGUACAUCUCAAGCCUCUAAAGUAAUAUCACCAGUUUCUAAGCCUGGACGUUUAUUGUCUCCUACUCGAGGUGCUACACCAACACGUGGUACAACACCUUCGAGGAUUACUUCUAAUACUGGCAGUGGUCGUGGAGAAAAGAGCCGCAGUACUACUCCACAGCCAGGGGUAAAGAAGACAACAACAGGAACAGUAAAUAAAGUAGAUCAAAAAGCAGGAAGCAAGCCAAAUGAAAAGUCAGGAACUAAAGCUACUUCAAAAGCAGGGGAUAAGACAGGCAUAAAAGCUGCAGAUAAACAAGUGGAAAAAGCAGGACCAAAAAAACCUGCUGUCAAAUCUAUACCAUCAAUUAGUAAACCUUCAACUGGACAGUCAGCCAGACCAGGAUCAGCUACAGGAAUUUCAAACAUAAAUCGAAGUGGACGGAUAAGCAAUUCACAUGUAGCAUCUUUGCAACAGAAAUUUGAGAAAAAAGAGUCUGAUGUCCAGGAACCAAAGCCAGUAACAAAAGCACCGUCCAGAAAAAGUCAGGAGGUAAAGCCAGCAGUGGCCCCUAAGCCAAAGUAAUUUUUCCUUGCCAUGAUUUUUUAGCUCUCAAAAAACUGUGUUUAGGCCACAUAAAACAUGUCAGAUUUAAGUCCUUGCCAGAAAAAGGAGGCAUUCGUGUCGGCUAAAGACUAUGAAUCCUGACUUUCUGAGCAGCAGGGAUCAUAUUGUAUUUUGACCUGCAGGUCAUUAUUGGCCACUAUAUUGAGUGUAAACAACACCUAAAGUGAACACUUAUCUUGCCACUAGCAUAGCAAGUAACACUGUGAUAACUUAUUGGGACUAGAGUGUAAAUCUUGUGACUGUGGAUAAAAUCCCUCGUGUCUCAUGAUAAUGACUCGUGUGCUUGAUAUUGGCCGGAGUGACAUGAAUACCAACAAGUUUCUCGUGGAGUUUGAAAAAAAUAGUUUACGAAAUGGGGCUUGUUUGUAGGUCUUUUAUUAAUAUACUCUCUGUAAACCAAAGAUAUUUUGUUAUUAUUUAACAGUACAGUAUUAGUUUGUUUUUGUAACUGAGAUUACAUUUUUAAUUAUAAAUAUGUUGGUGCUGUCUGUGAGCUGCAUAUGUCCCUAGUCGGUUUGUGUUGCUUGUAAUUAGGACACAUUUAUUAUUUACAACUGUUUUGAUAAAAUUGCAUUUCCUAGUACUUAUGCAUUCAAGCAUUUCCAUGUAUCCCAGAUGGUGCUCGCAGUUUUAAUUAAUGCUAGAUUUAAAAAUAUAUUGAAGUAAUCUUAACAAGAUUCUCUGACAAAAAUUAUAUAGGGAUCAAUAUUUGAAACAAAACAUUCAUCAGUGAAAUGAUGAAAUUGUAUAAAAGCUUAGGAAUUAUUGCUUUGCAGUAUGCUCAUUUGUUUUAUUGUUAGGUUUUAGUUGUUUAAGUUUUGUCAUUUUUUGGGUUUCUGGAGUGAAGUGUCUUGGUCUGCCUUAGGGAAGACCUGUGUCAUAGCUUAUCAGUGAAGUGUCUUGGUCUGCCCUAGGAAAGGCUGUGUCAUAGCUUAUCAGUGAAGUGUGUCUGCCCUAGGGAAGACCUGUGUCAUGUCAACGUAUCAAUAUAAUACUGUUUAGAUUUGUCAUAAAUAAAUUGGAGUACAUAUCAACUUAAAAUUCAAAGGUUUCAUAAAAUGAACUAAUUACAAAGUUCUAUGGAAGUUUGUUAAAGCUCCAAAUAAGCCAAGGGUGUUAUGCGUGUAUAAUAUUUAUGGUGCAACCCUGUGUUCUUCGGAAAAAAAAUAAUUACAGUAGUCAUCAACAUUUUAUCAUGUAGAGUUAUAAUUGGAAGACAGAUCCAUACAUCACCUAUAUUGAAGUCUCACUAUAUGUGCAGGUCUGCAAGUGAUACAUAUGAUGCAUAUGUACCUUUCUAAAGCCAUGUAAAACACAAAUAGCCAAUCAUAUAUUCUGUUGAGACAGGUGCAUGCACAUGUUCACACACACACACGUACAGGACUUAUAGAUGAACACCAUGUAUUGCUUUCUUUUUUGGUUAAAGUUAGACUUUGAAAAGUUCUUGAAUUUCAGUACAUAAAUUUACCGUGAUAAAUAUUAUACUGUAAUUUGUUAAUUCUGUAAUUUCUCAAAUUACUAAAUGGUGUGGUGCUUCUUUUUUAAUUAUAAUUGUUAUCAUGAGCAUACAGGAGGCUUGCCCUAAUAUCAGAUAGGCAAUACAGUAUUUAUAUUUAAACUAGGUGACACAUUAAGUUUGUUGAAUAUGCUUCCAUAUGUUAAUUUUUAAAUUAGAUAUUCACUGAAAA